UUAUGUUAUCCAAUCACAUCUAGAGAGAGAGAGAGAGAGAGAGAGAUAGAGAGAGAGAGAGAGAGAGCAUACACUCCUUCACUCUUCUCCUCCCAUCUCUCUCUCUCUCUCCCUCUCUCUCUCUCUCUUUCUCUCCAUUGCAAUGGCUAAUGUCUCUGCCACCUCCAUUAGGUUGGGCUCACCCUUCACACCAAUGAGCUACACCAAGGCAGGCAGAACAUCUCCCAUCCUCUCUCUCGGCACGACAAAGGCCGCCUUCCCCUCCUUGCGGUUAUCGCGCUUUCGCGUCUACUGCGCAGCCAAGCCUGAGACAGUGAAAAAAGUGAUGGAGAUUGUGAAGAAGCAGUUGGCGUUGUCCGACGAUGUCGCGCUCACUCCCGAGUCCAAGUUAUCCGUCCUCGGCGCCGAUUCUCUCGACACGGUCGAGAUAGUGAUGGGGUUGGAGGAGGAAUUCGGGAUCAGCGUGGAGGAAGACAACUCGCAGAACAUCACGACGGUGCAGGAAGCGGCCGAUCUGAUCGAAAAGCUGGUUCAGAAGAAAUCUGAAGCAGCUAAUUAGUUAUUAGAUUCAUCAAAAGGGAGGAUUAGUUUACUGUUGAUUGCGAAUUUUUGGAUUUGUUUCUUUAAUUGUGUUUCGCGAAAAGUUAAUGUAGACAUUGUUAUGUUCUUUUCUCUUUUAGUAGAAUUUGGAUUGAUUUUGCAAAAUGGAGAUUAAGAUGUGUGCGGUUCAUCUU